AUGGCUGAGGAGAAGAUCGUAAUUCAAGGAAGUUUGGGUCUUGAGAUGUUCGACCCGGCUACAGCAAACUGGAAAAGGUGGCUAAAAAGAUUUGAGGCAGGGCUCACGGUGCAUAAGGUUCCAGAAGCACAAAAGGUGACGUACUUAUUACAUUUUAUUGGACCGGCUGCAUUUGAUAUUAUUUGCGACAAGCUGGCGCCGGCAGAGCCACAUGAUAGUACGUAUGCCGCCCUCACAACCGCUUUGGCAGAAUUUUACGCGCCUGCAUCAUUAGAAAUCGCCGAGAUAUUCCGUUUUCAAACCCGGAAACAGCAAGAUGGCGAAAGUAUUAAGAAAUACGUGGCUGCAUUGCACAAGCUCAGUGUAAAUUGCAAUUUCGGUCAAUACUUAAAAACUGCACUAAGGAAUCAAUUUGUGUACGGACUUACAAGCAAACGUGCACAAUCCCGGCUGCUGGAGACGAGGGACUUAGAUUUCGAAAAGGCGAUCCAGAUAGCAAUUUCAAUGGAACUGUCUGAGACGAACGCACUGUGCGGCGGGCGACAUUUGGCAAAUAAAUGUAAAUUGCCCAGAGACGUUGUUUGUAAGAAAUGCGGUACACCAGGACACCUACAAAAAGUCUGUAUGAGCGGAAAGCGAACCAACCCCGAUACAAGUGCGAAUCAGAUCGAGGAAAUUAUGUUAAUGGAGCGAAGCGAGUACCAAGAUAAAUUUUACGAAACGAUGUCCGUCAACAAGAUACCGGUAAAGUUCGAGGUAGAUAGUGGUGCAGCGGUCACCAUUGUAAGUACAAAGACUGUAAGCGAAUUAUGGCCAAAGAUUAAAUUGCAAUCUACGGAUUUAAGACUGAUUACUUUCUACGUCGACCGAGGUCCGUUGCUAGGACGCGAAUGGAUACGACAGUUGAAGAUACAAUUGCGCGAAAAUAUCAAUUGUCUUAACGCAAGCACUGAAAAGCAAUUAGAAGCGAUAUUAAGUCGGUAUCGUAAUCUGUUAGAUCCGACGAGUACAAAAAUACGCGGAAUUCAAGCUAAACUUACAUGCAAAGAAAAUGCGAAACCUGUGUUUUUGAAGACUCGUACAGUGCCGUUCAAAUUGCUUCCACUUGUAGAGACCGAGUUGAAUAAUCUCGUUGAAACGGGGAUUUUUGAAAAAGUAAACGCGUCGCGGUGGGCUACACCCAUAGUGCCGGUGCUCAAGAAAAAUAAUUCUAUACGAAUCUGCGAGGAUUUCAGCGUUACAACGAACCCGAAUUUAGUAAUCGAUGAGCAUCCACUUCCGACUACAGACGAACUUUUUACAUCUACGGCAGGUGGCGAAAAAUUUACAAAGAUCGAUUUACAACACGCAUACCUACAAUUAGAAGUCCGACCGGAGGACCGCGAAUUAUUAACAUUAAACACACACAAGGGACUGUACCAAAGUACACGAUUACUCUACGGAAUAGCAUCCGCGCCCGCGAUUUGGCAACGCAAAAUGGAGGAAGUAUUAGAAGGCAUAGAGGGAGUUUCAACGUUCUUAGAUGAUAUAAGGAUUACAGGUCCCAAUGAUAGGGUACACUUACAUAGACUAAAUGAAGUUCUUACCAGACUAGGGCGCGCUAACAUAAGAAUAAACAAGAGUAAGUCUGAAUUUCUCAAAGACGAGAUUGAAUAUUGCGGGUACGUGAUAAAUAAAAAUGGCAUUCGGAAAUCACCAAGUAAAAUAUACGCGAUUGAACAGAUGCCUAAACCUAAAAACGUGAGCGAAGCUUUCAAUCGAGCUAGAGAUAACUUCAAAAGUGAUAAUGUAUUGGCACAUUUUGAUCCAAAGUUGCCACUAAUCCUAGCAACAGAUGCGAGUGCAUAUGGCGUAGGCGCAAUCCUAUCACAUAGAUAUCCGGAUGGUACGGAGCGAGUGUUACAAUACGCAUCGCAAUCAUUAUCCGCGACACAGCAAAAGUAUCCUCAAAUAGACAAGAAAGCUUACGCAAUUAUUUUUGGGAUGAAAAAAUUCCACCAGUUUCUUUAUGGAAAUAAAUUUACGCUAUACACGGAUCACCAACCGCUUGUACAGAUAUUGUCACAGGCAAAACCAUUGCCUCGUUAUACUGCAAUGCGUAUGCAACACUACGCUAUCUUCUUACAGGCAUUUAGAUUCGAUAUUAAGUACCGGAACACUAAAUUACAUUGCAAUGCAGAUUGUCUUUCAAGAUUACCGAUAAAAAAUGUUACGGAUGCGAAAUAUGACGUUGUAGACGUAUACGAGAUAGAAACGCUUCAAAGUUUACCGAUUACAAUUCCAAGAAUAGCGAGCGAAACACAGAAAGAUACAGAAUUAAAGCCAAUAGUACAAGCGAUUAUAGAGGCAUGUAAUCGAGUUAGGAAUAAUCCGGCUAAGGUAGAAACCCACGAAUGGGAACCUGCGACUGCACCAUUCGAAAGAGUUCAUAUUGACUAUGCGGGACCUUUCAUGGGAGCAUAUUUUCUAGUGUUAGUCGAUGCAUUUUCAAAGUGGCCGUCAGUACAAAUUGUUAAAAACAUUACAACUCAGACAACAAUCGAAAAAUGUAAGGAAAUCUUUACUGAUUUUGGACUUCCACGUAUACUAGUUAUGGAUAAUGGACAAAAUUUUUGUUCAACCGAAUUCCUCAAAUUCUUGCAAAGUAAUGGUAUCACGCCGAAAUUCACGGCACCAUAUCACCCGGCUACAAACGGGCAAGCGGAAAAGUUUGUCCAAACACUAAAGAUUUCCAUGAAGAAAAUGUACAAUGAUACGCGAUAUCACAAAGCGUCCCUUGAAGAAGUAGUACAGCAAUUACUUACACAAUAUAGAAACACACCACAUAGUACAACGGGGAUCGCACCAUCCGAAAGAGUAUUCAAAGUGAAAAUGCGAACCCGACUGGAUCUACUCAAGCCAGAAGAAACAAAAACCAAUACGAAUAUAAACAGCGGCAAGAAGAUUCGUCAGUUCGUGGAGGGAGAGAGAGUACAAUGCAGAAGCUACAGAGGAAACGAAAAAUGGAGUUUUGGUAAAAUUUUACAGAGAACGGGAAAACUACAUUACAAAAUCGCGCUAAGUGACGGUCGUGUAUGGGAAAGGCACAUCGAUCAAAUACGACCAACAGGCGAAGCCACAAAUGACGCGGAUUCGGAGUUGGACGAUGGCGCAUACGAGGAAUACGGAGAGGAACCGGAGACACAACCGGAACCAGAACCACAAGACGGAGCAAACGCGCCAGUCGAGGAAAACGAAGCACCAAUCGCGCCAGAUCCAGUGAGAAGAUCAAGGCGCGAAAUAAGGAUGCCACAGCGAUACGCGGAGUUCCAUGUAGGAAUGUAG